AUGGUCGCCCUCAGCUCCGGCAGUAAGGCUCGUCUUCCACCUGUACCGCUGCUCCUGUCCCCUUCAGCGCUCAGCAAGCUCCUUUCUGGCCCUUCGCCUCCCAAACUCCUCGAUGCAUCUUGGCACAUGCCUAACCUCUCGCCACCGCGCUCCGGGACUCAAGAAUACCUGUCAGGUCCUCGCCUACCUGGCGCCCUUCGCUGGGAUGUGGACCAGGUAGCCACUCGCGGUCCUUCGGUACGCGGCCUCCCUCACAUGAUGCCCGACCCUCCCACCUUUGCCAGGGCCUGCACACGCAGGGGAAUCUGCAGUCAGGAAGAUCAUGUAGUCUGCUAUGACUCUACGGGACUCUUUAGCAGCCCCAGACUUGCAUUCACUUUCGUCGCUAUGGGACAUGAGCGCGUUUCAGUCCUCGACGGUGGGCUGCCCGCGUGGCGUGACGAGGGGCACGAGGUUGAAGAAGGGGAGGACCGACUUACAACCUUGCAACGUGUAUAUCCCACCCCCUCCGCAGUGACGCCCGGUUUCAUCCGCAGCUACGAAGAGGUGCGACGCACAAUCGCCGACUCAGCAACGGGACGCACCCAACUGCCCAUCCUUGACGCUCGUCCUCGCGGCCGCUACGAUGGCACUGCGCCUGAGCCUCGCGCGGGAAUGAAGAGCGGUCAUAUGCCUGGUGGUCUAUCUUUGCCAUUCAACGAGGUGGUCGAAGCCGUCAAGGGUGAAAAGGGACAGUUCACCAAGCUCAAAGACCAGGUAGCCCUCUACCGUACCCUCCACGGAGAACCACUGCUGGACUUUGAGUCACUGCGCCACGACUCUUCCUCUUCCUCUUCGGGCGGAGGGCCCACUCCGGCGGUCAUGACGACGUGCGGUAGUGGUAUGACGGCCGCCGUCCUCUGGUUGGCCUUGAGAACUCUGGGCGUUCAUGCAGCGGUAUACGAUGAGAGCUGGAUGGGUUGGGCUGGGAGGGAGGCCGAUGGAGAGGACGCACCUAUCAUUGUCACGAGGAAGCAAGAUAAGCAGGCGAUGUGAUGGAAUGAUACAACAUGAGACAAGAUACAAAAUGCGCACGAGCGCUUCGAGGAAUGUGCUGCCAGAAACGACGUCGUCAGACCUGUUCACGCUGCUGUCUCAUCCUCUUCGUCGGCGUGUGCUGCUACGCAAUAAGCUCCCGUUUCCCCGCUACCAGUUGCCUCUCUCGCAGAAGCAACAGCCACCUUACUCCCAUCAGGCGACCAACGCAGCCCGCUUGGCCUGAAGGAUGUCUGCUGCGCCUGUUCCAAUCCUACACCGAGCGGGGCAGAAGGGACUGGUACUGGAACACCUUCCAUGAUGAUUGGAUCCGAAUCCGCGGCGACGCUGUUGCCU